CUGUGAUCGGAGGAUGUUUUGUAGUUGGAUGUUGACCCUUAUGGACUUUGAGAUUGGAUUCUGUCCCACAUCAUUUGAGACUGAAUGCUAUCUGUAUGAAUACGUAUUCAGUAUCUAAAAUGUAGAAUAUCAAACCGUUAUCUAUAUAGAAAACAAUGAAUUUGAAACGAUUUCUCCAAAAUAAAAACAAAACAAGAAAUUGCGUGAUCUAAACUGGCGUUCUCAUAUAAUCUUUCAGAUCCUGGACAUUGCUUUCCAUUAACAAGACACCUAAUACAUGUAAUUAAUCAAGUUCAAAAAAGCGUCAGGCAUGACUCGAUUAAUUUUAAUUAAAAAUAAGUGAUUGUUUUACAUCGAGGUUGUCAAACGAAAAAGAGAAGUAGACUGGAAAAGAGUCAGUGGAUAUAUUCAUCAUUCCAGUAAAACAACUUAGUCAUAAUGACAGGGUCGUAUUUACAAGUCGUUACUCUUUUCUUGAUAUUCUACGUGCUGGAUAAAAGUACUGCUGGUCAGAGCUGCAAGGGUAAACUUCAGAAAAAGUUUGAAAAUUGUGGCGUAGUGACGGCAUCAUGGAGUCCAUGGUAUAGCAGAGACGACCCAAUGGACGGAGUUGAAAAUGAAGACAUUGCUGGCCAAGUCAAGACUAUGUCGAUGCAAUGUCAGACUUCCAGACUAGGGGCCCAGUGUAGAGUUAAAGGUACUACUGAUAAUUAUGUUGUCAGUGGAGCGGAUACAUUUGGAGAUGUGAAACUUAAGUUUCCAUGGCUGUGUGUACCAGACAGAGGGUUAAGAUGUUUGAACAGUGAGCAAGCUGGUGGUGUAACAUGCCCUGAUUUUGAAAUUCGUUAUCUUUGCCCAGACAACUUUCCAUGAGCUUGUAAAGUGAAAAAUUGAAUAAACAC